AUGGAACGUCAUGAUCGUAUUGUGGAAGUUGUGUCCAAGCAUAACAAGCGUGAUGACCUAUGGAUCGUCUUGAACGGCAAGGUGUACGAUCUGACGGACUUUCUGCCUAACCAUCCGGGUGGUCAGAAGGUGCUGCUGAAGUUUGCCGGCAAAGAUGCCAGUAAGAUCUUCAACCCAAUCCACCCGCCAGAUGCUAUUGAGAAGUUCCUUCCGCCAGAGAAGUACCUCGGCCCACUGGUUGGCGAGUUCCCGCAGGAGGAAGAGAUCUUGACAGACGAGGAGGAGCUGAGAAGAGAGCUCAUCGAGAGAAAGCCGCCACUCUCCCAGAUCAUCAACCUUCACGACUUCGAGACCGUUGCUCGUCAGAUUCUACCUCCUGCUGCGUUGGCUUACUACUCCUCUGCUGCGGACGACGAGGUCUCUCUCAGAGAGAACCACAACGCAUACCAUAGAAUCUUCUUUAAUCCAAAGAUCCUCGUUGACGUUAAGGAAGUUGACAUCACAACCGAGUUCUUCGGCAACAAGACAUCAGCUCCUUUCUACGCAAGUGCCACUGCCUUGGCCAAAUUGGGUCACCCAGAUGGUGAACUGUCAAUCGCACGUGGCUGUGGUAAAGAAGACAUUGUCCAGAUGAUCUCCACUUUGGCGUCGUGUUCAUUCGAUGAGAUUGCCGAUGCGAGGGUGAAAGAUGAUCAGCAGCAAUGGUUCCAAUUGUACGUGAACUCUGACAGAAAAUUGAUGGAGAAGCAGGUUAAACACGCGGAGGAGCGUGGUAUGAAAGGUUUGUUCAUCACUGUCGAUGCCCCAUCACUUGGUCGUCGUGAAAAGGAUAUGAAAAUGAAAUUCGAUGACGAUGCUGAUGUCCUGGAGGAUGCUGACGACAACAUCGACAGAUCACAAGGUGCCUCGCGUGCUUUGUCCUCAUUUAUCGACCCAUCUCUUUCAUGGAAGGACAUUGGACACAUCCGUUCACUUACAAAAAUGCCAAUCGUUAUCAAAGGUGUCCAGCGUAAGGAGGACGUGUUGUUAGCUGUGGACCAUGGGUGUCAAGGUGUGGUCUUGUCCAAUCACGGUGGUAGACAAUUGGACUUCUCAAGGGCUCCAGUAGAGGUCUUAGCAGAGGUUAUGCCAGAGUUGAGAGCAAAGGGCCUUGACAAGAACUUUGAAGUCUACGUCGAUGGUGGUAUUAGAAGAGGAACUGAUGUCUUGAAGGCUCUAUGUCUAGGUGCCAAGGGUGUUGGUUUGGGUAGAGUGUUCUUGUAUGCCAACAGUGCCUACGGUGAAAAUGGUGUUCGUAAAGCUUGUCAAUUGUUAAAGGAUGAAUUGGAGAUGAAUAUGAGAUUGCUCGGAGUGACCAAGAUCGAAGAUUUGAAGCCAGAGUUACUCGAUUUGAGAUCUCUUCCAAAUAGAACCGUUGCAGUUGCUCAAGAUAACUUAUACUCGAACAACUACCAACCAAUGACAAGCGUUGAAUUCAAGCCAGAACAGGACUGA